AUGACUGUCGACGAGGUAGUGCUCAUCUCAGCAGAUGAUGAGUGGUCUCCCUUGAAGUCUGUCAUCGUCGGACGGGCAGAGGAUUCCGCGUUUCCUGCUGAGCCGCGGCAUCUUAUUUCGGCCGUCAUGCCAGAAGGCCACUGGGAUGAGUUCAAACCCAAGAAUCCCUUCCCCGCAUUUAUCGUCGAGAAUGCUCAAAAAGAACUUGACAAUUUCGCCUCUGUUCUGGAGAAGCUCGGCGUCAAAGUUUAUCGCCCUGCGAAAGUAGACUGGGUCAAGACAGGCGGCUACACGGGCUCCAUGUCGCGAGAUGCCUUGAUGACUGUCGGUAACACGCUGAUUGAGUCUGCCUUUGCCUUUAGCUGCCGUCGCCACGAAGUAGAUCUGGGCUACUCAGACAUUUUGAAGGAACUGAGUAGCAAGGGUUCUUCGACCAUUGUCAGGGCGCCGCAACUCAUCGGACGUGACACCAUCUACGAUGGAGUAGCCGAGUCAAUCAGUGCUGGGCAAGGUCGUGGUUCCACAAUAUCAAUAAACAAUUCUCGGGUUGCCUUUGACACUGCCGAUUUUAUGCGCUUCGGCAAGACCAUCAUUGGCCAGCUCAGCCAUGUAACGAACGAACGCGGCGUUGCCUACGUACGAUCCGUGGUACCUGAAGGCUACACCGUUGAGAUCUUGGACACGGGAAUGCGGCCUGGGAACAUGCACAUCGACACCACCAUUCUUCCGCUACGCCAUGGGCUGAUGAUUUACUCGCCAAAAUACACCAACGAGGACAGCAUCCGUCGGCAUGCCAUUUUUAAAGACUGGGAGUUGCACGCAUACCCCUUUGAGCCAAAGUACGAUCCCAAUGGCCCGCCCCCUUACACCUGUUCGCCAUGGCUGGUCCUGAAUGGACUAAGCCUGGACGAAAAGCGCAUCUUUGUCGAGGAGAAAAACAUCGAGUUCGCAGCUUGGGUUCGGGACAAAUUUGGAAUGGAACCGAUAAUGCUUCCUUUUCAACAUGUCAAUUGCCUCGGAGGAUCCUUCCACUGCGCGACAGUAGACCUGGUCAGGGCAUCUUGA